AUGUCGUGCUUUUCGUGUCCAACUUCAUCGCCUCAACAACCUGGUUCCCCCACUUCCCAUCUCCCUGAAGCUGAUCACGAUGAAAUUAACAAGUCUUUACGCCCCAUCCAAGUCUCUGCAGCGAACAUCCCAACUGCUGUGCGUGUCUAUUCAACCAUCCAAAGCCUCAUCCAACGCGAACGAAUCAAUACCCCUGAUCUACUCGUCAUUACCCAGCUAAAGCCACAUGUCGGUACACAACUAUGGCAGAAAUUUGAACAACUCGAAUCACGGGCACUCCGAAAGUCCUUUGAUCCUAAUACUGGAACCUUUAUGAUCAAAAUACCUACACCGCUACAUAAUUGUGCCCUAAUCUGGUUCCAAGACGCACGAGACAAGUGGAUAGAAGCCGGGCUUCUGACGACAGCCGAGAAGAGAAUGAUGAAAGCCCAAGUCGCGGAUACGAUCACACUCACACGGGGCGUCUACGCUAAUUGUCGGAAAGAACCUGAUGUACAUGUGAACGUCCAUGGUCUCAAUCUUCCCACGCUCUGCUUCGAAAUCGGAUAUAGCGAAUCAAAACCCCUUCUUGAAAGUGACAUGCGAAGAUUACUGAUCGGAGGCCAGGGUGAAAUUACUGCUGUGAUAUUGAUUAAGUGGUUCAAGAGACGAGCCGGUGUUGCUGGUACGAUUGAACUUUGGCGACUGGACAACAACGGUAAUCCACUCAAAGAACAGGAUGAAGCCAUUUUCCCGGUACCUUCCUCUCCUCAACCACCCAUUAAAGUCACACGGAAAAUGUUGUUCGGAAACGCUCUUUUACCGGGACGUCCACCACUUGAUAUUUUUUCAUUCUCACUUGAUGAUUUACGCAUGGAGGCGCAAAUUGCUAUGGCUAAACAGUCCCUUUUUCCUCUUUGA